UUGCGUUCGAAGUCCUGUGUUUUUCUUUGAAGGUUUGGAAAGAGAUUUAUCUACGCUUCGAUACCGCGUUCUUCGCUGCUGAUCGUCUCCGGAUCGUGAAUUAACCUGCUAGCCAUGAGGAUCCCACUUGGACGUAAACAGGCCGAGCAAGCCGCUCAAUGGGCAACAUCUGCUGGAGCCUACGGAGCGGCAGCGGCGUUAAUCGGAUGCUACCUAACCGACUGGCGGGUGAUCGUCUCAUACAUCCCCUUCUACGGAGGCAAGUUCGACAAGAAAGAAUAGAAAGGCCCUCAACUAUGGUACUUCGAAGAGUGGGUUAAUAUCGUUCUAGUAAACCAAAAACUUGGUCUGGAGCAAACCUUCCGGACCACAGUGGUUCUUUGCGUAUGUGACAUCUCGUGUGCUUCAAAUUUGCAGUUUCAAUAAGAGUACAGAACUACGGUUA